GUUCAAAAUUCGCGGAAAUCUGUGUUGGCUUCAAGAGAAAUUGUGACACAUGAUCAAUGGGUUGAAGCUGAUCAUGUUAGGGGACUCGUAGCAAAUGGAAUUACUAAUGCUCUUUUACAGGAAAUUAAGCUGAAUGCGCUUCGAAGAGUUUCCGAGGGUUCAGAAAAUACAUUGGUGGAGAUCAUCUCUCGUCUAUUAGAUAUGACUAUGUAUCACUUGCCCGUGGAUUUUGAAGUUGAAGUUACCAGGUCUGAACGGCAAAGUAUAGCCAGUAAGAACUGGAAGAUUCAUCAAAAAACCGGAUCGAGAGGCAAUAAACCUGAUAUUAUGAUUCGUGCUUAUCUUCGCCAGAAAUGGGAAGAAAUUAUAUUCUUUGAAGGCGGAAAAUGGGGUGCUGGCGAAGAUAAGAUGGUUCACGAUCAUAAUAAAUUAACACAAUUCUGUAUAGCUGGAUCCAAAGAGCUUGUAAAGAAGUGUUCGAAAGAAAACUUUUAUAAAAAUUAUAUAGGAUUUGCUGUUAAUAUCGCGGCGAAAAUACCGUUGGACAAAGAAACGGUUGAAGAAGUAGAAGAGUUCGUCCAUGCUUUAUUAAUUUUGCGG